AUGAAGCACCUCGCAGCAUACUUAUUGCUUACCCUUGCAGGAAAAACUCCUGAUGCUAAAAGUAUCAAAGCUCUUCUUAAAACUGUUGGUAUUGAAGGUGAUGAUGCUAGAAUCAAAACUCUACUAUCAGAGUUAGAUGGAAAAGAUCUAACUGAAUUAAUUGCUGAGGGUACAUCUAAACUUUCGUCUGUUCCAUCCGGUGGUGAUACUAAAGAAGAAGAGAAAGAAGAAUCUGAUGAUGACAUGGGCUUUGGUUUAUUUGAUUAA